GCCGUGUGUCAUAUUGUCGAUCAAAAUGGUCACCGUUCCAACCACUCAGGCCGAGGCUCUGGCUUGGCUUCGAAACUCCCACAAUGUCCAUGACUCUCUCCAAACAACAGACUUCGACAAGAUCUACUCCAAAAAUGCCCAGGUCAAAUUCACCAACUUUCCCGUUGCCGAGGGUGUGGAUUCCAUCAAGCAGAUCAUGGACGCGGCGUUUGGGCAGCUGUCGUAUAUGAAGCAUGUUACUCGUCAGGCGGAUAAGGUGGACAACAGGAUCUGGCUCGCUGUGGAUAUCACCUACCGAGUCAAGGGCGACCCUGAUAACGAGGACAUUAACAUCCCGGCUGCAGGGCUGGUCACGAUCGUGACGGAGGGGGAAGAAGCUGGCAAGAUCGCACGUUUCGAUGUCUAUCUCGAUAACACACCUGUCAGGGAAAAGAUUGCAGCUGUUGCGAAAUUGGAAUCGUAGGCAGACUCUGUCGGAACAAAGAAUAUCACAGCAGCACAACGAGUACGCCGAGAUAGUUGCACUACAAUCUAACAGAAGCUGGUUUUGGGUCUGCAGCUGAUUUACCAUCGGCUCUAUGCUUCUAGUUUUUCGAAUGAUACAUGUAUUGAGAACAUUCAUUCCAAUGUUUACAACUAUGAGAGACGGCCUCAAUAGACCUGGUUGUGACAGUA